CCCGCCGCGAAUCCUGGUCUGAGCCACCAUUUAUCGGCGGCAACGCGGCCUGCGACGUUCGUGCUGUGAAGAGGUGUUACGCAUCCUGAGUCUUGGGUGGUCGAAGCUGGUAUCUUCGGAAGAAUGGCGGGUCCGAUCACCAAAGCUGGAAAGCCUAAGAAAGACAAGAAAAGGAAGAAGAGGGUCUCCAGCUCAACCAAUGAAGGUGGAAAUUCAAUAGAAAAGAACCGAGCUUCCGGCCAAGACGAAGUAUAUCAAAUCUCUUCAGGGGAUGAUGACCGCUCAAAAGGAAUGAAAAAAUGGAUUACAGAGUACCAUCAGAGGAGGCCGGGGUUGAAUGUGUUGCAGCAAAGAAUUGAUGACUUUAUAACUGCUCAUGAGGAAAAACUUGAACAGGAAAGAAAAGAAAGAGAAGCUCAACUUGCAGAAGGGGGAUGGACAGUUGUUGUGCAUCAUAAAGGAAGGAAAAAGACCACAGAUGCUGAAAGUGGAAUUACUGUGGGCUCUGUUGCGCAGGCAGCUGUAGAAGAUAAGAUGGCCAAGAAGAAGCAAAAAGAACUUGGUGAUUUCUACCGGUUUCAGAAAAGAGAGGCCAAGAGAAAUGAACUGUUGAUGCUCCAGAGCAAAUUUGAGCAGGAUAGAAAGCGGAUUCAGCAAUUGAGGGCAGCUAGGAAGUUCAAGCCCUAUUGAGUUAUUUCUGAAACCUUUAAAUGUUACAAUAUAGGAAGAGGCUGAGUCUGUUCAUUUAUGACACCCAUUUUUGUAAUUUUAUGCUUGUAAAAUUUAUUGGAAAACAGGAAUCUUUAUAGAAAUAUGUUUUUGAUAAUUCAGGAACAGAUUCUG